AUCUGCUGUUUAUUGAAUCAACAGUCAGUGGAUGUGUGUGCGGGUCAGAAACAUUUACAGAGAAACAGAUUAAUCAUAAACUCUCCAUCAAUAUGAAGAAUCAUUAUUUAUCGUUCUUACUCUUAUUACUCGUGGAGGGUGUGUUCAGUGCUGAAACAGAUGAAGUGAUGAUGUCAGUGAUGGAGGGAGAUUCUGUCACUCUACAGAUUGAUGUUACUCAGAUUCAUGGAAACGAGACGCUGCUGUGGACGUUUAAUGGUCAAAGUGAUUUCAUAGCAAAGAUUGACAGAGAAUAUAAUGAGAUCUCAGUAGCUGGGAAUGAUGAUGGAAGAUUCAGGAACAGACUGAAGGUGGAUCAGAUCGGAUCUCUCAACAUCACAAACAUCAGAACCGAAGACUCUGGACCUUAUUCACUAGUGAACAUUCGUGGGAGUUCAUACAAGAACUUCAGAGUUACUGUCUAUCGUGUGUCUGAUGUUGAGACAAAGUCUGUAAUAAAGGGAGAUUCUGUCACUCUACAGACUGAUGCUACUGGAUUACAGACGGUUGAUGUGCUGCAGUGGAGUUAUUUUACACCAGAAGAAACUCGUAUAGCACGAGUCACUAUAGGGACUGGAAACAACUACAUUACAGUAUUCAAUGAUGAUGAUGUGAGAUUCAGAGACAGACUGUUUAUGAACAGUAAAACUGGAUCUCUCAUCAUCAGUGACGUCACAACUGAACGUUCUGGACUUUAUAAACUAGAGAUCAUCGCAUCACAGACCAAACCAAAGAUGUUCAGAGUUACUGUUAGUGAACGAUCUCCAGUUGUUCCAGAUCCGCGUCCGUCUCCAGGUGCUAUAGCAGGAAUAAUUGUUACACUGCUGCUCGUGGUGAUUGGGAUUUUUUGGUAUCGCCACAAGAUCAAGGCUUCUGCUGUUAAGAUGUACAAUCGCUGCUGUAAAAAUUUCCAUUUUCCAUUGCUGCAAGCUCUCUGAACUAAGAAAUCUAAAAGAUAAAGAUGCAGGUGAGGAGAGGAAACACAUGACCGUCUGAAUUCAGGAUCCUAAACAGCCACAGUAUUUAAUCAAUGUUCAAGUCAAGUGGUUUUAUUGUUACAAUAUAUCUGAGCUUUGUUUGAAACUAACACUUCAGCUGAGACACUUAACCAGACUGAAGAGCUUUAAUAUAAUAUUGAUUAUAAUGUUGAUGUCAGAGUUUGCGGUUCACACUGAUGAUUAAUCGAGCAGAAACAGCUUUGACUGAUUCAGUGUGAUGUGUUUGAAUUCUCUGUAAGAUAACUUUGCCUUUUUUACACUUCUAUUGCAGAAGUAACCUCGCGCUAAACUAAAAGUGUUUGUGUAUUUUCUAUUGUAUUGUGAGUGAUGUCAUCAGCAGCAUGUGUUCGAUGAGACAAACAUCAUAUUUUUGGUCAAAUCAUUUUAUCAGUUCAAACCAGUCUGACCAUUCUCCAUUGAUCUCUCCCAUCGACAAGUGUUUCAUACACAGAACUGACCCUCACUGGAUGUGUUUUGUGUUUUUGGCAUCAUUCAGAGUAAAUUCUAGAAACUGUUGUGUGUGAAAAUCCCAGAAAUACUCAAACCAGCCCAUCUGACACCAACAAUCACCCAUGUGAUCAUCUAAUCAGCAAAUCAUGUCGAGUAAACGCAUUUAAUGAAAUAUAUAUAAUUAUAUUUAUUUUAUUUACUUUUGUAUCUUUAAACUUUAAAAUCUUUAAACCAAAUUACCAUAAACUAUACAUGUUAUAAGUGAAUAUUUAAAUCAUCCACAGAAUAUAAUUUCCUCUGUGUGCAGUCUCCUGAAUUAAAAGAAUAUAAUCUCUGAAAUAUUUAGCAAAUAAAGAAUUCUUCAGCUUAAUGCAAAAUUGUGUUUAAAUAUAAAUCGAGCACAUUUUAAAAUGUAUCUGCAUGUUCUGCCUCUCUCUAUAUUUUAUUAUUUUAUGUUAAUCAAGUAAUUAUUUGUCAUAAAGCAGUUUAAUUCAUUCAGCAGUAAACUCCCAGCUCCAACGUCUUCCCCCGGUGGAUUAUGGGUAAUUAACAUUUGUCAAGUGUGCAUGAAAUAUAAACUCGAAAUUAGAGUGCAUUGUGGGUAAGAAUUAGUCAAUACAAUUAGGGAACGAGUGGUUCACUCUGAAUUCGGACACCACUACAAAAUGAAAUAGUGUGCACUGUAUAGGGGUGGUUUCAGACACAUAAUUAAAUAAUAAUUAUUAUAGAAAAUGCUUCAAAUGUAGUUGUUCAAAAUUGUGUAAUUGCUCAAUAACUCAGUGUGUUGUGUUUAAAAAUAAAAAGAUAUCAUAAAAAUCUGUUGUGUUUAUAUACU